AUGGACUCGACAUCGAAACAGCAAUGCAUGCUAUGCGGCUCUACAUUCAACCUUCCACAGCUAUCUUCCUGUUCUUCCGAAGCAAGGCUAAGCCUUGCCUUGCUUGAUAAAGUCUCAGAAUCAGAAGACUCGGAAUCAGAAGACUCGAAAUCAGAAGGCUCGAAAUCAGAAGACUCGGAAGAUUUGGCAAAUCAAGUCGAUUCCGUAUUCAUAGCUACUUCAUCUAAGGCAAUGUGGGACAACCCCUCUACAUCUUUCUUUUCGCCUACCAUUCGCGACCUCGCUCUCGGGUGCAGAAUGGCUCUCACUAGCCAUGCCACGAAUAGCCGCGAUGCGAGUGAAGGGCGACAGGAAGUCUACAACGCGGAAGACGACAGUCGAUCCACCUCUCCUAUGACGCCGUUGACCGCUGGACUGGACGCCAAUGGGGCUGAGCUUGUUUCGGAUAGAGAUAAGAGGAAGCUUGCCGACAUCGAGAAGACCUUCGAACAGAUGGAUAAAUAA